CCCGCUUCCCCGGGCGGUUCGGGCUACCUGCGGAGCCGAGCUAGGUAGUCUUUUCAGGAUGUUCAGAGAGGCCACAGCCUUGGCCUGUCCUGCUCCAAAAGGACAAAAUGGACUCAGCUUUGUGAAAGUUGAAGAAGAAAAUGUUUGGAGGCAGGACUUCAGUCUUCAGGGAAACCUCCAGAGCCAGGAGGUUUUCCGCCAGCAGUUUAGACAGUUUGGCUACUCUGACUUCACUGGGCCUCGGGAGGCUCUGAACCAACUGCAGAAGCUUUGUCAGCAGUGGCUGAGGCCAGAGGAGCGCUCCAAGGAGCAGAUCCUGGAGCUGUUGGUGCUGGAGCAGUUUGUGGCCAUCCUGCCUAUGGAGCUGCAGGCCUGGGUGCAGGAGCGCAGACCUGGAAACGGAGAGGAGGCUGUUACUCUGCUGGAGGAGCUGGAGAGAGAAUUUGAUGAACCUAAACAGCAGGACACAGCUCUUGGCCAAGAAAUGACACCCGUGGGAACACAGAAACCUCUGAGUAGCCCACUGCCGUCCUUGGAGGACCAUUGCAGGAGUGAACCCCAGGAGCCUCAGGUUUUCCAUGAGAGAGAUGGGGCAACCCUACCAUUUAGGGUUGAGGAUGAAGGUGAGCACUAUCAAAUGUGCCAAGACUUUCUUAAUGACUAUAGCAAGAUGGUGACUGACAAAGUACUAACAGCAAAGCAAGAAAUUAUUGAAUGUGUUACAUCAGUGGCCAUGGCAUCUCCAGGAAGACUUCCUAGGGAAUCUUCUCCAGUACAGAUAGUUGAAGAAACUAUGGGAUAUCUGGACAACAAUAAGCAAAGAGGAAGUGAUGAUGCAAGCAACAAAACAAGUCCACUUUCUUCCCAGGAAAGCUAUUUCAGUCUGGCAAGCUUUAACAAGAAACCCCCCACAGAACAGAAUACCUUCAAGUGUAAUGAAGGUGAAGGAAUUCUCAGUCUAAACUUACAUGGUACUGCACAGUCCAGAACUCACACAGGGAAACUGCUCUAUGAGUGUUUGGAUUGUGGGAAAGCUUUUUGCCAUAGGUCAAAGCUGAUUAGACAUCAAAGAAGUCAUACUGGAGAGAGACCUUAUGCAUGUAAAGAAUGUGGAAAAGCCUUUGGUUUCAGAGCAGAUCUUGUUAGACAUCAGAGAAUUCACAGUGGUGAAAAACCCUAUGAAUGUUGUGACUGUGGGAAAGCUUUCAGGGGCAGCUCAGGGCUCAUUAGGCACAGGAGAAUUCAUACUGGAGAGAAACCUUACGGUUGUGAAGAGUGUGGGAAAGCCUUCAGCCAGAGCUCCACUCUUAUUCAGCAUAAGAAGAUUCACAGUGGAGACAAAGGCUAUGCGUGUACUGAAUGUGGUAAGGCUUUUAGGAGAAGUUCUGUUCUUAGGGAACACGAAAGAAUCCAUACUGGUGAGAAACCUUAUGAAUGUAAUGAAUGUGAAAAGUCCUUUAAUCAAAGCUCAGCCCUCACCCAGCACCAGAGAACCCACUCUGGGGAAAAACCUUAUGAAUGCUAUGAAUGUAGGAAAAUAUUUAGGCAUAGGUCAGGCCUUAUGCAGCAUCAGAGAGCACACACCAGAGUUCAGCUCUGUGGGUAAGAGUUAUGUAAUUGUGAAAUCCAAGGAAUUCACUUUGAAGGGGAGAUUCCACAAAAAUUACAAGUUUCCAGACAGUAAGACUUUUUCUUUCCAGCCUAGUUCAGUUCUCUUAAGAGACCCACACAAACAGCUUACAUAUUGGAAGAGUUUUAUCUAGAUCUUGUCUACAGAGACUUUUAAAAAGAUGGACCCACUCUGAAUGAGGACUCUCACCAGUAUGUUCUUCAUCCAUUCCCCACCACAGAUAGAACUGUCAUUGAGUACCUACAUGUGAGUCCAUGACCAUGGAUCCUGCACGAUCUCCUUCUAAAUGCAAAGGUCACUGUCCAGCCAAAGUGGACAGUGCAGUGUCUGGCAGGAGUGCAUUUUUUAAGUUACUGAAGUCUGAAAUGUUGGAUUGAGGCUAUGAAAUGUCAUGUCCUGGGUCAGUUUAAUAUCUGAGGAAUGGAAGCUGUUUGCCCCAUUGCCAGUUCUUUCAACCCUGAGCUUCCUGAUGUAGUCUACUUCCUUAUUGGUACCUCCUGGGCCUAACCAUUGGGAGAACAAACUUGAUCACGGCCCCCUCAAAAUUUAGGGCUAAUGGAAUAUACAAAUUUAUUAAUCAAGUAAUUCUGGUAAGAGUGUGUCAAUAACUGCCAGAUAAAUGUAGGGUUCUGUUGGAAGAUAUCCAGAGAUGCUUUA